UUGGAGCAAGUCCAAUAACAAUAGCCUAACCGUUGGUAAAUAUAAGAAUUUUAAAAUGAGUUGCUCUCGACAAACAACUUUGAGCCCUGAUAGUGGGCAUAUUAUUCACAUUGAAGACUUCAAAAAAGGUGCAGAAUGUACCUGGAUAUUCGAUGUGGAACCGGGAAAUACUUAUGCCAUUUUGAUGAACGUUAUGUUUUCUAAAAGAAUGAAUUGCAAUAAAGCUUCAUUAAAGAUUGGAGGAACUGAAUUUUGUGAUAAAGAAAACCAAUUCUGUAUCCUAAAUUCAAAAGACCAAUGCAACGAUGAACUACUUAUGGUUCCGGGUUGCCAGACUUUUAAGAUUGAUGGCUCACCUGUGGUGGAGUACAAGGGCAAGAAGACAUCAAACGGGGAAAUUAAAAUGUACUAUAAUAUUUUAGAAUGCGAAAAUUCAGAACCUCCAAAAACAUCAAGUAAAAACAUACGACGUCGAAUACCAACAACACAAAAAACAAAACUACCAACAAGUUCAUCCACUCUGAAAUCUGGAAUUAAAAAAGAUUCACCAUUCCCAACAAUAUAUACAACCAAUAAUCAAACUUAUUAUAAUCAGACGGAGCCAGUAGUACCUAACAUUCAUGGUUCACAGAAAGACUAUCACAUGACUGAUGUGGUUUUGCCACUAAUACUCUUUUCUAUCCUAUUUGCUGUGUUGCUGGUUUUCAUGCUUUAUACGAAACGCAAGCAGCAAUACAACAAAAACAGAGCACAUACGUUCCAAAUGAAUCCUGCUUUAUACAAAUCUGCGUCACUUCCGGUUCUUGGAGACGCAAUUCUUCAAAAUCAAGAAUUACAUGAUAUAAACAUCAGUCGUUCACAUAAUUGCUUGAAUCAAGAAACGCCGGUAAUGAUUCCAGGAAUAUUGGUGAAUGGAAGACAUGAUGUCAUUUCAGAUUACUCCCGCUCAGUAAGUUUUAUGGGAAUAAACGCAAAUGAAGAGCACGUCACAAACAAUUUAGAUGUCAAAAAUCACCUUCCUAACACUCAGGAACAAAUUUUUUUAUGCCCUUCCCCAACUUUAUUCCGUGCCUAUUCAAACGCACAAGAUAUUACAAAUGAAAUAUCAAAGGACGAUUAUGAACUGGAACCACAUAUCGUUCGGUCUUACUCAACAACUUCAGAACUUUCAGUAAUCCUUGCAGCUGAUCAUCCUUAUAGCUACAUAGCAAACGAAAACGACGCACAGAUUCCAUGCUAUGCCAGUAGUAGCAAUGAUGACUCAGUUUUUCAAAACUGUGCAACUCGGAAUCACCAGUAUGCAACAAUCUCUUUAACAUCGGAUAAUGCCAAUGUGACUACGUCUACAACUUAUGCUGCUGAGAAAUAUAAUGGCGCUAAUUUCAAUCCAUACUCAGUGGCGAGUGACCCACAAGCAGGUAAUAAUCAAACAAGAGAUUAUAUUUACUCUGUUGUCUCAAAAUAGGCCAUGAAACAUAGCAAAUAGCUUAAAGUAUUACAAAUGCUGAUAAACAAAUCGGAAAUUCGCAAAAUAAUUGAAUUACGUCGCGGUAUGAAGAAACUACAAAAUCUAUAAGUAAAGGAAGUAGAAACUAAAAAUAGCAUAUCGCACCGAGUGUACAAAAAAGUUUUCCUAAUGCAACAGUCAAAAAGAAAAUCUGUAUUUUUGUCUGCAAAAAAUUCUUACUUGACAACAGAUUGAUAAUUGUUUUUGUGGAAAAAGCAUAUCACUGUUUAUUUGC